UACUGGCCUCACAACAGCAGACCACGUGUAAACCACGCCAGCCCUGGAUAUCAGUCUCUUAACAUUCCACAAGGAGUUGAAUGUACCUGAACAGAGACCGACAACCAGUUGCCAAUCAAAGCCCAUGUCUCUUGCAAGCGAGAUCUGAGGCUACUGAAACAAAACCCACUGUCAGACCCAAGGAUGCGGUCACCCAUAACCAACUUGCAGCUUUUGGAGAAUAUGUGGCUGAAAUGCUUCCUAAGUAUGUGCAGCAAGUCCAGGUGACGUGUUACAAUGAGUUGGAGGUGAUGAUCCAUCCUGACGGGGUCAUCCCUGUGUUGACCUUUCUGAGAGACCACAGCAAUGCUCAGUUCCGUAACAUGAUUGACCUUACCGCAGUGGACAUACCCACCCGCCAGAAUCGCUUUGAGAUUGUGUACAACCUGCUCUCCCUGCGCUACAACUCCCGGAUCCGUUUGAAGACCUACACCGACGAGCUCACCCCAGUAGACUCCUCUGUGUCUGUCCACAACGCAGCCAACUGGUAUGAGAGGGAGGUGUGGGACAUGUAUGGAGUUUUCUUCGCCAACCACCCUGACCUGAGGCGUAUUCUGACAGAUUAUGGGUUUGAGGGGCAUCCAUUUAGGAAGGACUUCCCACUGUCUGGAUUUGUGGAGGUGCGUUAUGACGAUGAGGUGAAGCGUGUGGUGGCAGAGCCUGUGGAGCUCUCUCAGGAGUUUCGGAAGUUUGACCUGAACAGCCCAUGGGAGGUGUUCCCAGCCCACCGUGAGGACAAGGCACCUGAGCUGCCAGCUGGGGAUAAGCCAGCUGACAAGUAACCAUCUACCCCAGAGAUAAAAUGCCCACACCUAUAUAUAUAUAUAUAUAUAUAUAUAUAUAUGUAUAUGUAUAUGUAUAUGUGACUGUACUGUUGAUGGACACAUGUCCCGCUUGAGCCCACUAAAGUAUUUAUGUAAAUAAAAACAAAAGGUAAACAUUU